AUGAAAAAAAGAGAAACUAAGAGGCAAAUAGACUUAACAUCAGGAAUCCCAAAAGUCUCGCCCUGCCAGAUAUCCUUUCUUAUUGACGCGAUUUCUGAGUAUUCGGUGGACUAUAACACGCUAAUGGAGGAGUAUGAGAGCAGAGACCUGCGCACAGAAUAUCUGUUCAUGCUGCCUGAGAACCACGACCCGGCAAUAUAUCAGCUGAUCCCACUGUUCUGCAAACACUUUGGAAUACAGCUAUACCAGAUAAACGAAAAAAUAAGCACAAAAGACUCAGCGCCUCUCUUCAUCCGUAUUAGAAAAGGCGAUGCAGUUAUAGACCAGGUAAAGCAAGCCAUCCAAAGCAGUUAG